UUGAAUUUUAUAAAGCUUUUUUCAGUCUUCAAUAAAGAGAACCAUCCAAACUGGUGCCUAUAUAAGCUUGUACUACAGACUUUUAACAUUCAUUGUGAAAUACAAAUUCAAAAUUGAAGCAACCUCACAGAUACUUUACGUGCUCUCAGAUAGCAAGUGAAAUCAAAUCAAAUUAAAGACAAUUUUUAUAUAAAAAAAAACCGGAUUAUCAGUGAUAAAGAUAAACAUAAACAAAAAAAGUGAAGAUAAACAAACAGUUCUAAAAAAAAAGAACAAAAAGAACAUUUUUAAAGACAUUAAAGCCAAGUUAAUCAUUGUGUAAACUGGCUACCAUUUGUGCUAAAUUUGAAACCCUCAAACUCGAUACCAAUAAAACGGCUAUCCCUCUAACAAAAGAUUGCUACAAGCAACAGAAAUCUCCAACUUUUCUAACUCUCAAUACAAAACUCUCUACAAAAAUGGUUUUGGAAGAAACAACUGUUCAAAACAUGGCUCCAAUUUCUGCCACUGGUGAUAACAAUAUGAUCUACCCCAAUAUUGGGCGUACCAUCAAGACCGCCCUCUUCAAAGCUGACAACGAGUCUCGUGUCAUAAUUGGAUUAAGUGCUGCUACAAAAAUUCUUGCCAAACAACCUGAAGGAUCUUUGAUCUGUUUGAUGGCUCAACCCAAAGCUGGUGAUAGUGCAACACACAUGCAUGAGGUUUUACUCGAAGCCUUUUGUUACGAGAAUGAUAUCUAUGUCAUCAAAGUCGAUUGUGCUACCAAACUUAGCCGAAUUUUAGGGACAACCAUUGUUGAAUCCUGCUGUUUGAUUCAGAAGCCUUGGGCAGAUAAGGAGAAUGAGAAUCUCAACAAAUCUGAGAAUAUUUUGGUUGACUUUUGUGAAACUUAUUGGGAUUCACCAACUCAACCAAUUGUCAAAUUGCCAACCGUGUGAAUGAUGGAAGAAAGUUAUUGCAAUAAUUGUAAAUUUUUUGGAAAAAAAAAAUCAGAAAAAAUUGAAACCAAAAACGAAAAACUUCGAAAGUUUGUGUGUGCAAACGUGAAUUAUAAUAAUUUGGUACACGCAACUUAAAAUUUGAAUUAAGACAAAAGUUCAAUCUAAAACGAACGGAUAUAUCUACCGACGUUUGAUGGAGCCUAAAGCUACUUUGAAGAUGAAAAUGACGAAGGUGUGUGUGUGUGUUUGUUACGUCGGGGGAGGCGUACAAUUUAUUUACUACUAACACAAUGAAGAAUUUAUACCAGUAUCUCUAAGCAAAGUUAACGAUAAGUUUACGAGUAUCUACAAAAGAAGCCGAUACCGAACCUACAUUUGUAUCUACUUUAUAAGGAGAAUGACUUUUAUAAGAUUAAAAGAGAUUGACAGCAGGUGGCGCUUAUAUAGAUUAUGGUGAAAUUCA